AGGGACACAGAAUGGGCCUUUUAAAUAUAAUUCUGUUUUAUUUGCUUUAAAUGCGUAAACUUUAUCUGUUUAAUUACUCUUUAUUAGAUAUUAGUUUGGUCCUCUCCUUUAACCAGUAGAGGUCGUUAGUUUGGCAAGGAACUCCUGAGAAUGCACUUCCGGGAUGUAAUGCACGCCGAUUCAUAUGUUUUUGUGCAUUUCUAGACCCAUACUACAACCACAGUCCACCACAACCCUAUAAGGGCUUUAUCAACACCAGUCAAAAAGUGAUCUAAGGACUUACACUGACCGUUCAUAAACCCGCAUACAUUUAUGGACGACACUUCAUUCCCAGUAGUUGGUGUUGCGAUUGCUGUUGUGUCCAGUUUUAUUAAUGGAUCCACGUUUGUACUCCAGAAAAAGGGGAUACUGCGAGCCCGCAAAUCAGGUGGAACUUACCUGGCUGACUGUGUCUGGUGGUGUGGUACACUUGCAAUGAUUGUGGGACAAAUAGGAAAUUUUCUGGCAUACAAUGUUGCCCCGGCAGUUGUGGUCACUCCCCUUGGAGCCCUGGGAGUCCUGUUUGGGGCCGUUCUGGCAUCCUGGCUGCUUCAGGAACAUCUCAAUCUCAUAGGGAAACUCGGCUGCGCUUUGUGCUGUUGUGGUUCAGUUGUGCUCAUCAUUCACUCACCUAAGUCUGAAAAUGUUACAUCAAGAGCAGAACUAGAGGAAAGACUGAUGGGCCCAGUGUUCCUGGUGUACAUCUCACUGGUGGUCUUAUCACUGAUCAUUCUGAUCGGUUGGCUGUCUCCAGUUCAUGGAAAAUCCAACAUUAUGGUGUAUGUGGGCAUCUGUUCUCUCCUUGGGAGUUUCACUGUGCCCAGCAGCAAAGGCCUGGGACUGGCUGCUCAGGAGGCCUUCAGUGGAACACCUACAGGUGAUAGCAGAGCACUUUACCUCUUCCUGGGGUUGCUGGGAAUUCUCAUAGUCAGUAUUCUGAUCCAGUUCACCUUUAUCAACAAAGCCUUGGAGAGCUUUAGCUCUAACAUGUUUGAGGCCAUUUACUAUGUGACUUUCACCUCCUGUGUCAUCAUAGCCUCCGCUAUUCUUUUCAGGGAAUGGACAGCACUCGGCAUUGUGGACUUUUUGGGUAUUCUGUGUGGUUUUAUCACAGUAUCUGUGGGUGUUGCCUUAUUACGCAUCUCUCAAGAAACUACACUUGCUUGGAGCCAAACCAAAGAUAAAGAGGACUAACUCAUGAGUACAUCAUUUUUUUAAUCAAUAACUGACAGGGUUGGUUUAACAAACAAAGAUUGGAUAUUGUGUGUUAAUAGUAAUUAACCACUCCAAAUCCAAAUAAGGGAGACAUCCCAUAACAUUUUAUAGACUUCAUCAUGUUAAAUAAAAAACUGUAUUUUAAAAUGGAAUUUAUCCUGAUUAUUAUGCACCAAUUUUAUCUCAGUUAAUAAGUUAUUGAUUGACUCUUAUGUUGUGCCUGGGUCAUUUUGACCUGGAGAGGAUUUUCUUUUCCCCGAAAAUGUAUAUUAAUAAUAUUGAAUAAAAUGUACAAUUAUUUAUAUCAAUUUAUCACACUAAUACGCUUUAAUGUUUAACCAGAAACCUUCUUAAUUGAUAGAAAGCAAAUUCACA